AUGAGCUUAACCCGCCAGAACAAAACCUGCUCUGUGGAGUUAAAGGAAUGCGCCGAGAACUCUGCUUUUCAGGGUGGUGAUGAAGAAGAAACCCCCCCGAGUGGCGGUCAGGAGCCGCGGGUGUCGGUGAGCGCAGAGAUCGAACCGUACGCCGGGAUGCCCAAAGAGGUGCUGCUCUUAUACUCCAGCCAGGCUCGGUACCGGGUACCCAGAGAGAUCCUCUUCUGGCUGACGGUGCUGUGCGUACUGGCGCUCACAGCGCUUCCCAUCACACUCACAGCCCUCUCUCCAGCCUGCCUCAGCUGGUGGCAGACCAGCCCGGUGUAUCAGAUCUAUCCCCGCUCCUUCCGAGACUCCGACGGAGAUGGGGUCGGAGACCUCAGAGGCAUCAAAGAAAAACUGAGCCAUUUCCAGUACCUAAACGUCAAAGCAAUCUGGAUCAGCCCGUUCUAUAAGUCUCCCAUGAAGGAUUUUGGCUAUGAUGUGGAAGACUUCAGGGAUAUCGAUCCUCUGUUUGGAACCAUGGCAGACUUUGAUGAACUGCUGUCCAGUAUGCAUAGCAUGGGUCUGAAAUUGAUAAUGGACUACAUUCCCAACCACACUAGUGAUAAGCACAUCUGGUUCCAGCUGAGCCGUAACCGCACUGAAUAUUAUUCCGACUUCUAUGUCUGGGUGAACUGCACUGAGGACAAACCACCGAACAACUGGGUGAGUGUGUUUGGGAACUCCAGCUGGACGUAUGACCCAGUUCGUGGGCAGUGCUACCUUCAUCAGUUCCUCAAAGAGCAGCCUGAUCUCAACUUUCGUAACCCUGAUGUCAUAAAGGAGAUGACGGACAUAAUCCAUUUCUGGUUAAAUAAGGGGGUGGAUGGGUUCCGCAUGGAUGCUGUCAAGCACAUACUCGAAGCUACGCAUUUGAGGAAUGAACCCCAAGUUGAUCCAAAUCAACCUCCUGAGACUGUGGAUACAGAAUUUGAGCUGUAUCAUGACUAUACAUACACGCAGGUAGGCCUGCAUGACAUCCUCCGAAACUGGAGAGUAGUUCUGGAUAAAUACAGCAGAGAACCAGGACGCUACCGUUUUAUGGUGGCAGAGUCCUAUGACUAUGAAGAAAUUGAAAAAACCAUGAUGUACUAUGGAACCCAUUUUGCUAAAGAGGCCGAUUUCCCCUUUAACUUUUAUCUGCUGGACCUCCCGGAUGGCCUUUCUGGAUUGAGAGCCAAGGAAUUGGUUGAACUCUGGAUGUCAAAUAUGCCCAAAGGAAAAUGGCCAAACUGGGUUGUGGGAAAUCAUGACAAGCCACGCAUGAGCUCCAGGGCUGGUCAGGAAUAUGUUCAUGUUGUGAACAUGCUGCUUUUAACACUACCUGGAACCCCCGCCACUUACUAUGGAGAGGAGAUUGGCAUGGAGAAUGUCCAUGUUUCUGUUAUCCAAGAUCCCUUUGGAAAGUUCAACCCAAAUAACAGUCGGGACCCUCAGCGGACACCCAUGCAGUGGAACAGUGGACUCAAUGCUGGCUUCAGUGAUGGCAAGAAUGGUACCUGGUUGGACGUAGGUCCAAACUUCCCCACUAUCAACGUAGAGGUUCAGCAGGGUGACCCUGCCUCAGUGUUGGAGCAGUACCGCACUCUGGCUCUACUCAGAGAAAAGGAGAUAGCAUUGACUCGAGGCUGGCUCUGCUACAUCUGGGCAGAUGAUAACGUGUUUGCCUUUGUGCGUGAGUUAGAUGGACUGAACCAGGCUUUUCUAAUACUGCUGAACUUUGGUGAAGAUACAGAAACAAACCUCUCAGCUCUUAGUGAGCUACCAGAUUAUCUCACCGUUCACUUCAGUACACAACCUGGGACUGCAAGCAGCUUCUCCAAAUCCAAAAUCAGAACCUCAAAGGGCCAGGGACUGCUGCUGAAGUACUCCACCAGUAAGCGCUUUCAUCCUAACCAUAAGUCUGAGUGUUACAUCUCUGAGAAGGCAUGCUACCUAAAUGUCUUUAAUAUAUUGUACCGGUGCUGAGAAUGUGACAUGAAUUAAAAGCAUGGGGCUG